AUGUCGGCACGUGUGUCUACAUUUCGUUUUAAGCACGGGUGUGGAGAUCUUUGCGAACCUCGGCGUGCCAAUCGAUUUUCUGGCUUUGAGGGUGCUUUACGUGUCUUGGAGUUAAACACGGGCGGAGCAUUGGGGCCCUUCUCGUCAAGCAGGGUCGAUCGGCGUAAUGAGAUCACCAAGUAUCAAUUGGGUGGGUUGCCUCGUCCGGAAUUUAGAUGGGCAGGGAGUCGAAAAAGCGUUUACGUGCAGUCACAUCAACCGGUGCAUACACGACGUGAAUGA